UUGGCUGUGUUCUCUGCUGAUUUUGUAUCAAAAAAAUAUUUGCUCCUGAUUAUUUUUCUUAAAUCUUAACAGCAAUUAAAAAAUGUCCGAAGACCCGGCUUGGAAGUAUGGGAAAAAACUUAGUGAGACCAAUCGGACUGCAGUUAUGUGUUUGUUUUGUGAUAAGAUAACUAAAGGAGGAAUCUUUCGCCACAAACAACAUCUUAUUGGUACCUUUAGCGAUGUUGCACGCUGUCUAAGAAGUCCGGAGAAUGUGAGGGAAGAAAUAAAAACAUAUGUCGAAGGAAAAAAGGAACUAAAACGUCAAAUGUUACAUCAACCAACUGUAACUAAUCUUGACGACGACGAUGAUGAAACAGAAGAAGGUGAAGCUGUAGAUUUGUCCGUUCGUUCAAAAUCACAAAAACGGACAACUUAUGGACCAACCUCCAGUGUGAAAGGUCCUUUAGAUUGCUAUUAUCAACCGAAGCCAACUGAUAAUGCAGGGACAAGCAGUAAAAAAAAAUUGAAAGACACCGCUUUACGGCUUUUGAGGGAGCGUGCAGUUGCGGCUUUUUCACGAUGGAUGUAUGAUGCAGGGCUCCCCUUCAAUUGUGUCAACCAUAUUGACACUUUUGGAGCCUUCCUUGAUACCGUAGGCCAUUAUGGUGUUGGAAUGAAGCCGCCUACGUAUCAUGAAGUUAGUACCUCAUAUCUAGCUAAAGAAGUGGAAGCGACACAAAAAAUAGUGGAGGAUCAUCAGGUAGAAUGGAAGCAUUUCGGAUGUUCCAUUAUGAUGGAUAAGUGGACGGCAAAAACGGGAAAAAUGAUCAUUAAUGUGUUGGUGAAUUCUCCAAAAGGAAGUUUAUUUCUUGAAUCUAUUGAUGCGAGUGACUCGUCUACUGAUUCCAUCAAGAUGUUCUCCUUGUUUCAGAGCACCGUUGAGAAGAUUGGACCAGAGAAUGUUGUUCAAGUUGUUACCGAUAAUGCAGCUGAAAAUGUUAAAGCAGGUGCUAUGUUGAAGGGAAUGUUCCCGAACAUCUAUUGGACUCCAUGUGCAGCUCAUUGUAUAAAUUUGAUGUUCGGGGAUAUUUUCAAGGAAACACCCUUUAGAGGAGUUUUCACUAAGGCUGUUAGAGCGCAUUCCUACAUUGUUCAAAGGCCUUUGUUGUUGAACAUGAUGAGGAGAUUCACAAAACAAAAAAACUUGGUGAAACCUAGCAAAACUCGAUUUGCUACUGCUUUCUUGACCUUACACCGUAUGCAUAUACAAAAGGCCAAUUUGAGAAACUUGUUCAUUUCGGAUGAAUGGAACAAUAGUAAAUUUGCAAAAGAAGUCAUGGGGAAAGAAGUUGCACGCAUAAUGAUGUCUUAUACUUUUUGGAAUAAUGUUGUUCAUGCUCUUAAAAUUGGUGGGCCGUUGAUUAAAGUACUUCGUUUGGUGGAUGGAGAACAAAAACCACCCAUGGGCUACCUUUUUGAAGUUAUGGAUAGGGUUAAGGAGUCUAUACGAAAAUCAUUUAGUGACCCACAUAAGUAUGCAAAGGUCUUUGACAUCAUUGAUAAAAGGUGGGCGGAUCAACUUCAUCAACCUUUGCAUGCCGCUGGGAAUUUGUUGAACCCAUCAAGCUUUUAUGAUAAUAAUGAGAUGCGAUUACUAAAUGCAAAAGUGACGAAGGGAUUCUAUGAGAGUGUUGCUAAGUUGGUUCCCAAUAUAGAUGAGCAAGAUCAAAUAGGGGACCAACUAAGUGCUUAUACUAAUUCUGAAGGGACCUUUGGGUUUCCAAUGGCUAUAAGACAAAGAAAGAAGAAGUCUCCAGUUGAAUGGUGGAGGCUUUAUGGUGGAGACACUCCAGAAUUACAAAAGUUUGCCAUCAAAGUUCUAGGUCUAACUUGUAGCUCUUCCGGAUGUGAGAGAAACUGGAGCGUGUUUGAACAUGUAAGAACUAAGAAGAAAGAUUUAGUAUAUUGAGAUAACUAAUUAUAUCUCAACUCCUAUUAAUUACUUGCCACAACUUAUUUGCAGAUUCAUAGCAAGAAGAGGAAUACACUAACCCUAAAGCGCCUCAAUGACCUAGUGUUCAUAAAAUAUAAUAGAACAUUGAGGUGUCGUUACAAUGCUCGCAAUGUAAUUGAUCCAAUUGGUUUGGACAAUAUUGAUGAUGCCAAUGAAUGGCUCACCGGGGUUGAGAAUGCUGAAAAUGAAGCAAUUUUUUAGGGAGAUUCUGAUUUCACUUUCGGUGUUGUUGCCGAGGCAAUGGGGGUAGAGGAGAACCAGUAUGGUUUAAGGGGGAAUACUUCAAGCCAACGUAGGAGGGGAAAAGAAGUAGCUACAAGUCAUUCCCUAGUUGAUGAAGUUGAAGAAGAUGAUAAUGAAAUUGAAGAAGACGAUGAGCAAUAUGGUGAUGAUGUGGGAGUACAAGAUUUUGACAAUCUUGUAGAAGAAUAAGAACUAGAUAUCGAACUAUUAGUAGCUUUGAUUUUGUUUGUCCUAUAGUCUGGAGGAUUUUGUGAUAUCCACUUUAGUUUUUUAUUUGAAAUUUUAGUCUAUGGAUAUCUACUUUAGUUUUGGAUUUGAACUUUUGCUUAUAUAUAUAUUCUCUAUUUAUUUUGCUCUUUUAAAAAAAAAAAUUGCGCUUCGCUUCACGCUAAGCUUAAAGCGUGAAGCGGGACCUUGUCGCUUUUUUCCGCUUCACGCUUUCCUGAACACUGGUUGAGCCUAACUUUGUUUGCGGGCUUUUCCUACCAGGCACAAGGGUAGACUCUCUUUCUCUGAAGGAAUAUUAAUGAUUUGGAUCACAAUAAAACUGAGUCCAUUAGCUGGAAGGGACAUUCCAAGGGUCUCUUUUCAGUGAGAAG